GUCGCUCGCAGCCUCGCAGACUGAAACGCUUUCCUAAUUCACGAAGUCACGAAAGCGUUUGUUCAAUAGCUGGGACUCGGGAGUCAGUUUUGACAAGGACACGGCAGAUAUCGAUCCAUCUCCAACUGCACCGACGGUCAGAAAUUAGAAUGCCAGAAAACCAGUAUCUCGCAUUUGUGGAGUUGUUGGUCAAAGGCUUUAGAAUUCAACAGGAACAAACAACGCUUGCACACUGCCACCUUCGAUUCCGCCUUUUGAGCCCAGGCUGUAUACAGGAUCAUGCCCACCAUCACUGACCUCCCAGACGAGCUUUUGGACGAAAUAGCGUGUCUCUUACCAAAGGGGACAUUGUUUUCCCUAUGCACCGUUUCAAAUCGCUUCCGACCUCGUGCAGCGCGAUGGCUCUACCGGUGUCUGGCUCUGGCGGGCAACGGUGAAACAAUAAAAAUCUGCAAGGUCCUCAUUUCAAACAAACUUGCGGCUAUCUCUGUCCGCAAAGUUCUCCUGUGGCCAGGUAUAGCGUUCUCCCGCCCAAGUCUCACAGGAGGACCCUUUUAUCUCUACUUAUCCGCAUUCUACAACCUGCUGUCUCGUGCCUUGUCUCGUGCAACGAAUGUGGAAAGCAUCCGGUUAAUGUUUCCUUACUGUGGAGCAUCGCUGUCAUUGGAUGCCUGCACGUUCCCCAACCUCCGUUCCUUUGCCACCACAAUGGAACCACGUACUCUCGCAUCGUUCGUCAAGCGACACCCACAGCUUCAGGAGCUACAUAUAUCUCCGAGUGAUUUGAGGUCUAUUCCAUUAUCAGAAUUCAGUGGAAUAUGCCUUUCCUCACUGAAUUCUGUCUGCCUUCCCGAACCUCUACUGUUUAUAAUUUCUCCGGAGGCGCCCAUACAAUCUGUGUUAUCUCCAGAGAUUGAGGAUGACAACGAAGAGAUCCCGAAUUAUAUCAGGCACCUUUCUCGAUAUCGCACAACGCUCUCUGACCUUCAUUUGUGCCGUCCUCACUGGAAUGGAGAAAUUUUGAUGCGUGUCGCAACUUCGCUGCCAAAGAUAAGAGCCUUCACAUUCACUAGGAUGAUACCUGGUCUACGCCACCAUUCCAAUGCAGCUUUUCUUGAAGCAUGCGAAGCAGCGCUUCCUUUUUUCAGCUCCCUCAGUCACUUACGUAUCGAAGUUGCACGCCAUCAAGAACUACCGGGUUUUGCGUCUCUGUCCGACUAUAGAUGCGACUUCAAGAUGGUCCAAAUAUGGGGCAACAAAUGCCCAACCCUCGAUGUCUGUCUCUUCCCAUCUGGAACCGCAUGGCAUCGUAUUGAGGACAAUGCAUGGAUGCCAGACUUGCACCACAAAGUUGCAAUUCAGUGGUUCUUUGAUGCUGCCUCCACAAACCAGUUUCCGAUCGAUGUCAUGGGGUCUAUACAACAGUUCUGCGAUUCCACGGGGAGAAUUGACACCCUUGGACUACUCAAGUUUAGGUCACCGUCAGCCAUGGAAUCGAUCGACCUUUACCCCAGGACAGAGGAGGACGAAUUUUAUUCAAGUGAUUCAGAUUGGGGCGACCUCGAGAUUGAGGAAUAAGAUCAAGAGGUAUAGGUGAUUGGCAACCGAGUCCAGUACUAUAUGAUUGAAGAAAAUCGUACUGUUGAAGAGGUUCCAAUUAUCGUUAUUGUCUCGCUGUACACCAUGAAUAUUUAUGCGUUCAAUUUCAGCACACUAGCGUGCAAUCGUGAUAUCGUCCCUACACUUCUACGAACAAAGACCAAGAGCAUGUGUAUUCAAG